AUGAUCACUGAAGCGUUUCGAGACAAAUUAGACGCCUGGCCAAAGAUUGGUCCUAAGGACAGCAAAGGUCUCAGACAGUUUGCUGAUUUUCUUCAACAAUGUCAAGCAGCUAUGACAGACAUAAGAGGACUUGAGGUUCUAAAUGAUUGUCGAGAAAACAGAAGACUCCUGCAAAAACUUCCCGACUGGCUUGCUGGGAGAUGGGGCCGUGUAGUUGCAAGAUUGAAGGGCCCGACCGACUCGUUCCCACGCUUUAGCGAAUUUGUGAAGUUUGUCAAGGAUGAGGCAACCAUUGCUUGUGACCCUAUCACCUCCCUCACUUCCCUACGAGGCAACUCCGAGAAAGAACGAGACAAGCCGACCAGAAGCGCUGGGGCGAGAACUUUCACAACGGGUGGGCGAGAGGAAGGCACUGGUAAGGCAAAGUGUGCCUUUUGCAGAAGAGAUAAUCAUCAGGUUCAAGAAUGCAAGACACUGGCAGGAAAACCCCUCAUGGAGAGGCAAGAAUUUGUCAAGAGCAAGGAACUCUGUUUUGGUUGCCUAGGCCACGGCCACCAGGCAAAAUUUUGCAAGCAGAGGAGUGUGUGCAAAUCAUGCAAGGGCAAACACCCUACCAGCCUCCAUGAAGAAAGAAACUUCAAAAGGCCGAAUUCAACUCCAACCAAAGAUGGUACAACUAAGAAAUCUCCUAACCCAUUUACAACUGAGGCGACAGCAAGAAGUUUUUGUGGACUUUCAAGUAACAACAUAGAUUCCAUGUCAUCCAUGGUAGUGCCAGUGUGGAUCGCCGACCGGUCUUCCCCAGAUGAGGAGCAUCUGGUUUAUGCUCUUUUGGAUUCACAAUCUGACACGACGUUUGUCCUUGGUGACACAGCAGACUCCCUUUACAAAAGCCAAGAAGUGGUUCGCUGA